UAUAGUAAGAGAUUUGAGUAUGGUAUCAUUAAAUUCUUUGUCAAUUCUCUUGAUUUCGUAUCAAAUGGUGAUGUUUGGUUCAGUUGUAGCGCAGAAUCAAAUUCAAAAUAACAGUAGUUGUGUGGAUAAAUUCGAGUGUGGGAAUCUUGGAAAUGUGAGUUUUCCAUUUUCUGUAUCUUCACAACCUGAUUGUGGAUUGUACACUAUAGAUUGUGAUGUUACUCCCAAUCCAACAAUUCGUCUCGGAGAAAAUGUUUAUAGUGUUCUGAGACAACGCUUCUCUGAUCGUUUUCGAGUUUCAGACCAUAGACUUGAGUACUUAUUGGCGAGAAACAGUUGUGAAACUUUUGAUAGAAGUAUAUCGUUUCCAAAUUCUCCUUCUAUCUCGUUUAGAAUCAAUGAACGAAAUGUUACCUUGUUCAGAUGCAACAACAAUUUAGAUGUCAACAGGAGCAUAAGUGAUCAUUAUUUUCGCGAAUAUCUGAAUUAUACUAAAUGUAGUGGCUUUAGUAUAUACUACAAGUAUCCUAAUAGAGGACGGGAAGAUUCCUCUGAUACAUCAGAAGAAGAUAUUCCUGAUAACUGUUCUCCGAUUCAAUUGCCAAUUAGAUGGAAUUCAGGAUCAAACGUUUCGAAUAGUAGCUUGUUUGAUCUCUUAACUGCGAAUUUUGCAAUUCAGUGGAGCCUGUCUGAUGAUUGUAGUAAAUGCUACUACUAUGGGGGAGGUCAAUGUUUAACUGACAGUAAUAACAAAUUUCUUUGUUCCACCACUCCCAAAGCAAAAACAAAGUCGAAACGAAUUCUAGUUGCAGCAGCAGUUACUUCUUCUAUUGGAGGAAUUGCAAUACUAGUUCUCCUACUCCUCUACUUAAGAACAAAAUGCUCCUUCAUUUCCUGGAAGACAAAAGGAGAGGAUUACAGAAAUGUAAAAGCCUUCUUGAAGAACCAUGGAUCACUCGCGCCAAGAAAGUACAGCUAUUCUGAAGUUAAAAAGAUGACUGAGUAUUUCAAAAACAAACUUGGUCAAGGAGGCUAUGGUUCUGUGUAUAAGGGAAAGUUACAUAACGGAAGUCUUGUGGCAGUCAAGGUCUUGAAGGAAUCGAAGGGCGGGGGAGAAGAGUUUAUCAAUGAGGUAGCAAGUAUCAGUAGGACUUCUCAUAUUAAUAUUGUAUCACUUGUGGGAUUUUGUUUUGAAGGUCAACACAGAGCUCUCAUUUAUGAUUUCAUGCCUAAUGGAUCCCUUGAAAAGUUCAUUUACGAUGCAAAAUGUGGGACGAAUCGUCAACUAGGCUGGCAAACAUUGUACAACAUUUCACUUGGCAUUGCUAGAGGAUUGGAGUAUCUGCAUCGCGGUUGCAAUACUAGAAUCCUGCAUUUCGAUAUAAAGCCUCACAACAUUCUUCUUGAUGAAGACUUUUGUCCAAAAAUAUCCGAUUUUGGCCUUGCAAAACUAUGUAACAACAAGGAAAGCAUUGUGUCUUUAUUGGGCACGAGAGGGACUAUUGGCUACAUUGCACCAGAAAUUGUGUAUAAAAACAUUGGAGGAGUUUCUCACAAGUCAGAUGUGUACAGCUAUGGUAUGAUGGUACUCGAGAUGGUUGGAGGAAGGAAAAAUGCUGACGUUGUCGUUGAUUGUACUAGUGAAAUAUACUUUCCACACUGGAUUUACAAACAAAUUGAACAAAAGAAAGAGCUUGGAUUAACUGGCAUUGUGGAGGAAGAGGAUAAAAAACUUGCAGAAAAGAUGAUACUGGUGAGCCUGUGGUGCAUCCAAACCGAUCCGUCCAGCAGGCCUUCUAUCAAUAUGGUCAUAGAGAUGUUACAAGGUGAACUCGAAUCUUUGCAAAUGCCUCCGAAGCCUUUCUUGUAUUCUUCUUCACUGUCAGACAGUGACAUGCCUACUACCACCUAUAUGAUUCAAGACUCGAAAGAUCAAGUUUGAUGAUCUAGACUUGUCAAAUUAUGUA